AUGACCAAGGAAGACGAUACCAUGAAGCUUCAGCCACUGCCACUUCCUGUAUCCGGCAACAAUAUGGACUCAGAGGAGAAGCCAUUAGCUAGCGACCCUUUUGAUCUUUCACCUGCACCAGACGGUGGUCUCCAAGCAUGGCUGGUAGCAGCCGGAUCAGCCUGUAUUUUCUUCUCAUGCCUCGGCUUCGCCAACUCUUUCGGCGUUCUUCAAGAAUACUACAUGACUCACCAACUUGGAGGAUAUUCAGAGGAUGCAAUCGCUUGGAUCGGAUCCACAUCGACAUUCAUACAGUUUGCUGUUGGGGCUGUCAGUGGCCCCAUGUUUGAUCGCUACGGAUCUUGGGUCCUUCGUCCAGCCGCCGUUACAUACGUCUUUGCAACCAUGAUGACCAGUUUAUGCACCGAAUAUUGGCAUUUCAUGCUUACUCAAGGCAUCCUCAUGGGAACUGCAAUGGCAUUCCUCCAAAUCCCCGCCUUCGCGGCCGUUUCCCAAUACUUCGACAAGAAAAGGGCCGCCGCUCUCGGAAUAGCUGUUUCAGGCUCCUCUAUCGGCGGAGUUGUCUUCCCGAUUGCCUUUUCCAAGAUGUUGAAUGACUCUUCUCUUGGCUUUGGCUGGUCCAUCCGCAUCAUGGGUUUUGUCAUGAUACCUCUCAUGUCUUUCUCAUGCGUUGCGAUUCGACCUCGCCUACCUAGCAGAAAGACUUCGUUCUUCCUCAUAACGCCUUUCAAGGACCCUUUAUACUUGCUUGUGAUAGGGUCACUGUUCUUUCUUUUCAUCGGCAUGUUUGCUCCGCUCUUCUUCAUCCCGACUUAUGCUGUCUCGCGCGGCGUCAAUCCCACUUUAGCGUCAUAUUUACUCGCAAUUACGAAUGCUGCAUCAACUUUUGGCCGUAUUAUUCCGGGAGUACUGGCAGAUAAGUACGGUCGACUGAAUGUUUAUUCUCUUGGUGGGCUAUGCACAGGGGUCGUGAUUCUCUGCAUGAACGAAGCAAAGACCACUGCAGCCUUGGUGGUUUAUGCUCUGGUGUUUGGCUUUUGUUCUGGAACAAUCAUCUCGGGUGUUUCUGCAGCCUUCACACUUGUGUCAAAGGAUCCUCGAAACAAUGGAACGUACAUGGGAAUGGGACUGGCCGUUAGCUCCUUUGCAGCUCUGAUCGGCCCGCCUGUGAAUGGUGUUCUUGUGAGCAAAUACGGUGGAUUCUUUCAAGUGUCCGUUUUCAGUGGUGUUAUGUGUCUGUUUGGGGGAUGUCUUGCUGCUGUGGCCAAGAUGUGGACUGAAAAGGGUAUAUUCGGGUGGAUCUAG